CCCUUCACCCCAGGGACUAGGCGCCUGCACUGGCGCAGCUCGCGGAGCGGGGGCCGGUCUCCUGCUCGGCUGUCGCGUCUCCAUGUCGGAUAACCAGAGCUGGAACUCGUCGGGCUCGGAGGAGGAUCCGGAGACGGAGUCCGGGCCGCCUGUGGAGCGCUGCGGGGUCCUCAGCAAGUGGACAAACUAUAUUCAUGGAUGGCAAGAUCGUUGGGUAGUUUUGAAAAAUAAUACUCUGAGUUACUACAAAUCUGAAGAUGAGACAGAGUAUGGCUGUAGGGGAUCCAUCUGUCUCAGCAAGGCUGUGAUCACGCCUCAUGAUUUUGAUGAAUGUCGGUUUGAUAUUAGUGUAAAUGAUAGUGUUUGGUAUCUUCGUGCUCAGGAUCCAGAUCACAGACAACAGUGGGUAGAUGCCAUCGAACAGCACAAGACUGAAUCAGGAUAUGGAUCUGAGUCCAGCUUGCGAAGACAUGGCUCAAUGGUGUCCCUGGUGUCUGGAGCAAGUGGUUAUUCUGCUACAUCCACAUCUUCUUUCAAGAAAGGCCACAGUUUACGUGAGAAAUUGGCUGAAAUGGAAACCUUUAGAGACAUCCUGUGUAGGCAGGUUGAUACUCUCCAGAAGUACUUUGAUGUCUGUGCUGAUGCUGUCUCCAAGGAUGAACUUCAAAGGGAUAAAGUGGUAGAAGAUGAUGAAGAUGACUUCCCUACAACUCGUUCUGAUGGAGACUUCUUGCACAAUACCAAUGGUAAUAAGGAAAAAUUAUUUCCACAUGUAACACCAAAAGGAAUUAAUGGCAUAGACUUUAAAGGGGAAGCAAUAACUUUUAAAGCAACUACUGCUGGAAUCCUUGCUACACUUUCUCACUGUAUUGAAUUAAUGGUAAAACGAGAAGAGAGCUGGCAAAAAAGACAUGAUAGGGAGGUAGAGAAGAGGAGGCGAGUGGAGGAAGCAUACCGGAGCGUGAUGGAAGAACUCAAGAAGAAGCCCCGCUUCGGAGGGCCGGAUUAUGAAGAAGGUCCAAACAGUCUGAUUAACGAAGAAGAGUUCUUUGAUGCUGUUGAAGCUGCUCUUGACAGACAAGAUAAAAUAGAGGAACAGUCACAGAGUGAAAAGGUCAGGUUACACUGGCCUACAUCUUUGCCAUCUGGAGAUACCUUUUCUUCUGUUGGGACUCAUAGAUUUGUACAAAAGCCCUAUAGUCGCUCUUCCUCCAUGUCUUCCAUUGAUCUAGUCAGUGCCUCUGACGAUGUUCACAGAUUCAGCUCCCAGGUUGAAGAAAUGGUACAGAACCACAUGAAUUAUUCAUUACAGGAUGUAGGUGGAGAUGCAAAUUGGCAACUGGUUGUAGAAGAAGGAGAAAUGAAGGUAUACAGAAGAGAAGUUGAAGAAAAUGGAAUCGUUCUGGAUCCUUUGAAAGCUACUCAUGCAGUUAAAGGUGUGACAGGACAUGAGGUCUGCAAUUACUUUUGGAAUGUUGAUGUUCGCAAUGACUGGGAAACUACUAUAGAAAACUUUCAUGUCGUGGAAACAUUGGCUGAUAAUGCAAUCAUCAUUUAUCAAACGCAUAAGAGAGUGUGGCCGGCUUCUCAGAGAGAUGUGUUGUAUCUUUCUGCUAUUCGAAAGAUCCCAGCAUUAACUGAAAAUGACCCUGAAACUUGGAUAGUUUGUAAUUUUUCUGUGGAUCAUGAGAGUGCUCCUCUGAACAAUCGAUGUGUCCGUGCCAAAAUCAAUAUUGCUAUGAUUUGUCAAACUUUAGUAAGCCCACCAGAGGGAGACCAGGAGAUAAGCAGAGACAACAUUCUGUGCAAGAUUACAUAUGUAGCUAAUGUGACUGAAGCAAGGCUGUGUGACAUUCCAUGUUGGAGAAAGAAGGAAAAAACAAACAGAAAGAAUCCUCUAAGCUGGAACGCAGGAUCUACAGCCUUGUCUGUGGCCCAGGAAGAACCAUGAACAGUAGAGCUGGGUGUCCACACUAGCCAUCUCCUGCUAGGUCUCCUCGCUCGCUCAGUGUGUCACUAUAAACACAUGUAGAAUCACAUGGAUAUGGCUAUAUUUUUAUUUGCUUGCUCCUAGGAGUGAAAAAAAAAUAACUUUGAAUUACAACUAGGAAUUAACCGAUGCUUUAAUUUUGAGGAACUUUUUCAGAAUUUUUUAUUUACCAUGGUCCAGCCUAAGAUCCUCAGUUGUAUCAGGUUUUGUGCACAAAAGAAAAGCACAAAAGUUGAACGCACCUGAGGCAUGUGCUCUCUGUGCACCAAAUAUUCAGAUGGGCUUCUUUUUACAGGCCUACAGUCUGUGUCUGUCAGGAAGUUUUGACUUUUUUGCUUUGUAUAAUCAUAGAAUCUAUUGCUGCUGAUUUCUAUAAGGAUUCAUGUUGUGUGUCUCUUCAUAAAUGAGGACUGUCAAUAACCUGUGAUUUUUGCCUUUUCUAUAGUCUUACUCCCAUGAAGAACGUUGGUUCUGAUGGAGAAAGAAUGAAAAGCUUUAUUCCCCCCAGAUAUCUUUAUAUUUUUAUUAUAUAUUUUAGUUGUGUACUAUGUGCUACCAACUUUUUUCAGUUUGUUACAAACACAAUUUGGUAAUUUUUAAAUUGGUUCUGCCUGCCUCCAGUCAGAGACAAAUGUACAACACUUACGAGUAUAGAGUACUUUAUAUAUAUAGAGGUCAGGAUAAAGUGGGUUCAUAUUUUCCCUGAAAUUUGUAAGAGAAUAUAUGGUAUUACUUGUUAAACCAAAUCAGACUGUUUGAAUUUGACAUUUGAUUUAAUAUUUCUAGUAUUCUGUAACAAUUAUGGUAGUUUUUCUAGCUUGGAUUAUUUUAAAUGAUAUAUCGAAGGUAUAGAUAGAAAAUCUGAACAAUGCUCCAAUUUACCACUUGAUCAUAAAUUUCAGCAGAGCAGUAAAAUUCCACACUAUUCAAACUGAAAACUGUCUGUAGUUGCUAUGAGGAGCUAACGUGUAAAAUACCUGAUUUAGUUGUAGUACUCUAUGAAAAACUCUGAAGCAUGGCGUUGAGGCAAGGAAUGGUACUCACAUCAGUUGAGAUGACUGCCCACUUCAAACUCUUGAUUGUGUUUACAAGCAGAUGUAUUUAUGUAAAUCAGGCAUUUUGUAGAUGCUUUGCUGACUUGUUCCUCUCCUUAGAAACACAAAACUCAGACCCUUUUGUAAAGCAGAGAGCCAUGUCAUGUAAAACAUGACCUGUAUAUAUUCCAUGCAUCGAAAUGGAGUCUAAAGGUGAAUGCAAGGCGUGGUAAUUUAAUGAUGGGAUUAGUCUGAUCACUUAAUAUGCACAAUCCUGGAAGUGAAUUACUUGCAUCAGAUAGAAUGAUAUUUAUUACUCUGUACAGAGAGAAAAGUACAUAUAAAACAUAGAGCUUACAUUACAUGCACGCAGUUUCAUGUCCCAUAAAUCUUUUAUAUUUUUUAAUUUACCUUUCUCUAAAUGAUGUGCAUGGAAUAUGCCUUAUUACAGAAAUGCUAUUCAUAAUUUGACUCUGUGGAAAAGUGCCUAUAUGGUGGUAAUGCUAGGAAGGCAAGGAAGACAGAUCAUCAUACCAGUUUACAUCACCAGUUAACAUUUUAUAUUGUGAUGUUUAAAAAAAGAAAAGUUUAUACCUCAAAUGUGUAUUUUAUUUUGCAAUCAGCUGUGGGGUUGGGAUGGGAGAACGGGGAGGGUUGGGAGGGAAAGUUUAUUUGCCAUAGGCACUGGUGGGAAUCUUAGGGAAAAGAAACAAAAAACAAAACAAAAAGAAAAAAGCAAAAACAAAACUCUCUACACCCACUAUAAAUGUUCCUUUGUUUGCAUUUCUGGUAACUAUAAUAAACCAGGCAAAUAACUUUCAAAACUAAAUUGGACAGCUUUAUUUUACAAAUAUGUACAAAGUGUAUGAAGCAGGGUCUGCAUCUAAUUAUCACCAGUUGCAUUUGCACUAAAUGUGGUGAUAAUCUUUUACAAUUUAUUCUAUAAAUAAAAUGUUACACUAAAAAUGUUUAUAGUAAAACCGAUAAUGUUAAUUUUACCUUUCAGUAAUUGACUGGUACUUUAUUGAAGAUAACCCUGCCCAGUCAGAUUUAGAAUUGAGUUCAGAAAUAUCAAAAGUACUCAAACAGUCAAAGUUAGGAGGAUCAUUGGCCAUGUUAAAAUAUUCGGACUCUCAAGAAUUACUUUCAUUUGGCUAAUUCCUACAUAUUGAAUAUCUAUAUAAUUUCUUCAUACCUGGGUAUUUAUCUUAGCCCAAACCCUCAUCCUACACACCUCCCCAAACAAGCAAGCCCCUUUACUCAAUUCUACUGGGUUAUUCUGGGAUAUUAGACACCUGAGAAAUACUGGUGAUGUGGGGAUUUGUCCCUGCACAUGAGUGAACGUGAUGAGAGAGCACAGUGCUCCUCUUGGGAUUGAGGACUCCAUAUUUGAGGUGGAGAAACAUGAUUUGUGUUGCUACAGGAGGAGCAGCAAAGGAAAGAGGGAGGAACCUAACUAAGAGAGAUGUGUGGAGGCAACGUAAGAUAAAGGAAACAUGGUUCUCAUUUGUUGGUUUUCAUGACUACCUUACACACCUACAGGAUCAGUGUCGGUUGUUAGCUGGGCUGAGCUGGCUCACUUGUGAAAUUGUGCCGGUUAUCUUUUAACUUAUCAGUUGUUCGUCUGAUCACACUUGACCAGUAUUUAGUCCAGGCUGUACAGAUGAUGUAUUUGGAUUGUUGUCGUUGUUCAUCUACAGACUCGAAACAUAAUCAUUUUAAAGUACCUUGGGAGUGUGUAGAGUGUAACUAUAAUAGCUUUAUGAUUCUGAUCAUGUUUUUUUUAAAUAUAAAAGAUGGAUCUUCCAUGUUACAAUCACAAAAUCAAAACCAGUAUUUAAAAGUGGAGAAGUAUUAAAAUAUUAUGGACAAAUA